AUGGCGCAACCUUCUUUUGUGACCACCGAAAAGACCUUCAGCGCCUACACUCAAGACCAAGGCAAGGCAUACUCUCAGAUUCGCCCUGACUACCACCCUUCUGUCUAUCAAUUCAUUAUCGAUCACCACAUCUCCACAAAUGGUCAGCUCGACACUGUGAUCGAUGUUGGGUGUGGACCUGGCAAUGUUGCCCGCGCGUUAGCUCUGCAUUUUGCGCAUGCUAUCGGCCUUGACCCGUCCGACGGCAUGCUGGCAACAGCCCAUGCGCUAGGAGGGAGCACAUCUACUUCGGAGCCCAUUCGUUAUGAGAUCUCCACGGCCGAAGAUCUUGGGACAAACCUAUCCCAGCCUGUGCAGGAUUCCAGCGUCGAUCUGAUUGCGGCCGGAAAUGCGGCACACUGGUUUGACAUGCCGCAUUUCUGGUCAACCGCCGCCCGUGUACUGAAGCCAGGUGGCAGCGUGGCUUUGUGGACCAGUGGCUCCUCAAGGAUUCAUCCCUCCGUACCUAACGCCAUCGCUAUUCAAGCCGAGAUGGACCGAAUUGAGGAGGAGGAACUGAGGCCAUAUUUCGAGCCAGGCAACUUGCUAACCCGCGGCGGCUAUGCUGACCUUCCACUGCCUUGGACCCUCGACCAGCCCGUCUCCGAAUUUGACAAAGAUGCCUUCUGCCGCGAAGAAUGGGACAUUGAUCAGCGUUUCUAUUCCAUCGAGCCUGAGGUGGACUUGGAUACCUUUGAGAAAGUUGUUGCGACCGGGAGCCCAGUGACACGCUGGCGCCAGGAUCACCCUGAAGCUGUUGGCACUGAACGUGAUGUCCUGAAGAUAUAUCGUCGAGCGAUCGAGAGGCUUCUCCAGGAGGCUGGCGUGGAAAAGGGCAAAGAGCGUUUGAAGGGAACUUCGCGUGGAGUUAUUCUAAUCGUGAAGAAGAAGCUGUAA